AUAAUUCAAAUACCAACAUGACGAAACAACUUAUCAGAUCAUAUGAAGGAAAGGAGCUGGCGUUGGACUAUCUCAAAUAUCGUCCUUCGUAUCCACACCGAAUAUCAGAAACUAUUAUGAAAUAUGUGAGGUCGAACUUGCCGAAUAACUCGAACGAUAAAUUGGAGAAUAUGCUAGAUAUUGGGUGCGGAAGUGGACAAGCUACUACACUUUUUGCCUCUUAUUUCAAGUCCGUAGUGGGAACAGAUAUUAGUAGUCAGCAAAUUGAAGUAGCAAAUGAAAAUAACAAUCACCAAAAUAUUGAAUAUCUGGUGGUAAGUGAUGGAAAAUUUCCUGUUGAAGACGAAAGCGUAGAUUUUGUGAAUUGUGCCACAGCUGCGCAUUGGUUAAACAUUCCCGAAUUUGAGUCCGAGUGCCAAAGAGUUUUGAAACCAAAUGGCUCAGUUGCUAUUUAUGCCUACUUGCAAAAGCAUAUAAUGGAUGCAGAUUCAGGCGAGAACUUGAGCCUGGGAGACAAAUAUCGUGGAGCUGUAAUGGAAUUUUUUAUUACAAUCAAGGCGCACCCCAACAAUUUCAUAUUAGUGCAAAAAUAUCAGCCGAUAUUUGAACAAAUGGUUAAUCCAACAAAAAAAUGGAUUGAAGACAUCACUUUCAACAAGUACAGUACAUUCGAAACUUUUCUCGGAUUUUGGGCGACUAUUGGGGAAUAUCAAGCCUUGAUGCGAGAUGGAAAGCCCAAAGUAGACCCUCUGGAAGAGCUUAGAAAAAGUUGAAAGAAGCAUGGGGAUAUGAAAAUUGUAAAGACAGCGAUAUACGUCUAAAAGUGACAUAUGAAGUAUUUAUGAUAGUGAGCACCAAAACGUCGAGUUAAUCUGAGUUGGUAUUAUAACGAGAGAAGUGCUUUGUUUUCCCGUAUUAAAAUUUAGUGCGUUCAUAAGUAUCCCCCUAAAAGGCAUUUCAAUUUAACAUAUUUUCAAUUUGAUCAAUACUUACAUCUUUAUAAACAAUUUUAGAUAUAUGUUGAUAGGGAUAUUUAUCACCAUGGUAUUUGUAUGAACUAUUGGCUAUUGUGCCAGACGAUGUGUUCCAUAUUUGAUUUAUGAAGGUACUGUUUUUAGAAUAACUUUUUAUUACUUCAUUUACUCGCAUUUAAAAUUACUAUUAUUAUGAUUUUCCGUUUUCAGUGUUUAUAUUUUCAUAUUUUAUGGACAUUCCUAUUUUUACUAACGUCGUGAGUGUAAAUAGAAAAUCAUUACAUUAACAGUAUCAAACCAUAAAGUAUGCAGAGAUUUCCACAGAUCGUUAAUGACCUGGUAAUUACUAUGGAACUGUUCUUGUUUUUGUGUAGUGUAUGGCAAUUUAUAUAGGAGUAUAAAUACCGGAAGAUGCUACAAAGUGUUAAAUAUUUGCAUAAAUGUACAUUAUUUAUGUUCCUCUUAAUAAUAUUCCUCAAAUGUAAUUUUUGUUUCAGUUUUCAAUUUUGGUAAUAUUUUGCCGAAUUUAAACAAUUAUCAGCAGAAAUACCGCGAAGCAUAUUCAUUAAAUAUACUAUAUACUUUCUACUGCCA